AUUUGUUGUUUUGACAUCCCAAAUGUCUUACUGCACUUCACGAUGCCAGUUAGCAGUGCGGGUAUGAGAGUUCGAUGAUGAAACCCCAUGAAUCUUUUUUGAAAGCUUUUCCACUUUCUCUACUAUUCUAAUUAUAGUAUAAUGAUCUCCACAUGACACACUCCUUUUCGGAGUAAAACAAUCAAACUUUAGGAAUACUUUCCAUGUGCCUGUGAAACACUAUAACGGUUUGGCACAUUUUAAAUGCCUUUUUAAAUGCCUGAUUUUAUGAACAUAUAAACAAUAUACUUGACCACUGAUCCUCCCCACUAUGUGAGUACUGGAUUAGGUCUGACUAAGCACAAUGUUUUUUUUUCUUUCUUUCUCCUCUGUGCACAGAACAAUUAAGCCUCUAGUUUAGAAAUGUGCCUCCUGAGGCAAAGUCCGCUCCAGGAAUGGAGAAGGAAAUGUAGUGAGAUUAAUUAUGCUUAGACAUGUAAACAUGUAACACAAAUCACUACAUCCUAUAUUUUAAAUGUUCUCCAUUAACAGGCACAGUUUUGCAUGAAGAGUAGUCAGGGUGUAGUUCUGCUGAAGUAAGUACCUAUACGUUUGAAAUUUAUGUCUACAAUACGUAGGGUAAAAAUCUGUCACCACUAUAGCAUGCUGUGAAGAAGAACUGUAGAUUGAAUGCAGGCUUCCUACAAAAGCAAAUUCUUACUUUCGUGCCUAAUUACAAUGGAAAGUGAUCUCAUCUACUUUUGACUGUGGCAAAGGGACCCAGAGGGGGUUGCGGUUGCCAAAGAGGCCAGGCCAAAGAAAAAAUGAAUGCAGAGACUAUUAACUCAGCAGUAUGCUUUAUCCAGCAGAAAGACACAGUGCUGGUCUGUUUAUCAAAUACGAGAGGUAGUGGAUUCUAAUUGUGGACUGCAUUUGAUUGUGCUCAGACAAUUUUUUCACUGCUCUGCUUCUUUCUUUUAUUUUUUCUUUUUUUUUUUGUAAUGUCCAGGAUAAUAAUAUGUAGAUAUACAUUGAGUGUUAAGUGCUGACUCUGGCCAUGUAAUUUUAUUCGUGCUCGAUCAAUACUCUUAUUUGGCAAUGUAUGAAAGUGGUUUAGCAGGAGGAAAGGAACGUCUGGAAUGGAAAUGAACAAGAUGAGCAAUACUCCUUGUGGUGAAUGGAUUAUGAGUGAUUGGUAAGGGCCCUUUAGGGUAAAGCACAUAGUUGGCACAGUUGUCUGUGUGUGUGUGUGUGUGUGUGUGUGUGUGUGUGUGUGUGUGCUUACCCUCAUUGACACACAAUAUGAAAAACUAAUCCAUCGUGACUCAUCAUAGAACUCUGUGCAGGGGUGACUCUCUGUACAAAAUGGGAGAUUUUUUUAGUUAUGCAUUUUUCCAUACUAAAGCUGAAUAUUUGUUUCUGGACCUGUUUUUACUAGGCCGUUCUGCUUGUAUAUGAGACAACAUUGCUUUUCAAUUCAUGCAGCAUGAGGAUUAAGAUUAUUGGAUUUUAUUUGAUUUAUGUGGUAGAGACACGAUGUCAGAUGUUUAGAGCUUUACUAAGCAAGGUUCAUUUCUCUCUGCAAAUUACAGCUGCACAAUACAGAACGCUCUUCACAACUAAUUGUGUAUAAUUUAUUUUGUCAUUCACACACAAAUUGGGGGAAAUAUGUUAACAAUUAUGACAUUUCAGCUAAAGCUGAAUGAGGUACACAAAUUUGUGCGUCAGUCAAGAAAGAGCCAUUAAAUUUACUGUAGAAACAUAAUCUAAUUAGCCGUCAUCUUCACUCUUUAUUCAAACCGUUUUCAUUCAUUUCUCAUUUUACUCAUUAUGUUUUCAGCAUUUGCAGUUUGUUUGGAGGGCAAAAGAAUAUUUAUUAUUAAAAUGGCCAUACUGGAUAGAAUGAGACUCUGUGAGGCUGAACAUCCCAGGAGUUAGUGUACUAAUAUUUGUUUUUAGUGCUCAUGCACAUAAUUUUCCCAUUUGUGAAUGCUGACUGCUCUUUCAAGGUUCUGAGUAAUCUUAUCUAAUUGUGUAAUCGUACUCCUUAUACACAGUCUUUUCCUUUGUAUUUGGGUGCAUUAUGUCACAGCAGCUUUGUUCAUACAAUGUAAAUGUGCACAAAAAUAACUAAAGAGGGCUACAGUUUGGUUUAAAAAUGGCAGCAUAAAUGUGUCAUGACAAUGGAGACACCUAGACAUGUGCAUGAUCAAUAAUGAUGCACAAUGAGACUAAUUUUAUACUUUGGCUUAAAAAAAAAAAAAAAAUCAAAUCCUUUGCUUGCUCCUUCUGUUCCCCCCCCUACAAAUGUCUGAAUAGAUUUGUAGUAGGAUUGCGUUUAUUUAUUUCAGUUAGUCAGUUAUGUAUGAACAAUGAACGUUUCAGUAAGAUAUAUUAGUCUUUGAUGAACAGAGUUUUUGUGUCAAGGCGCUGAUAUAAAGGGCAUUGGGUACAAUAGCUGUACUUUAACACUUUAUUUUUAUCUUUAGUAAUUUCAAAGAAUAUGAAUUUAUUAUAUUUGCAAUUUUUUUUCAUGUCAGAUGUGCUUUAACAUGGUUUAAAUGUGCUGUAUUUGUGUCACACAGAUGCGGUUGUAGUGUCAGGUCGGCCCUUUGCACUUGUUACUGAGCGUACAGUGCUUGACUAGUUGCCGGAUUACUGUUCAGUCAGGAUUUGAUCUUUCUGAGGGUGCUGUGCGACUUAACACUGAUGCAUUAGGUUUGUAUUAAUUCCACCGGAGAGCUUCUUUGUCCAGCCCUGUGGGGUUCAGAGAAAGUCAUGCUUUUUAAUGACCACUGGACAGAGACUCAGCAACAUCACAGAGUUUGUCAAUUAUCUACAACAGGUAGGUGUGUUGUAUCGUACAGGGUGACAUCAUCAUCAUCGUCAUCAUCAUUGUCAUAAAUGUAUUUAAUCUGUCUGUAUGUAAGACUUGUAUAAUGAAUUAGUAUGUAUUUAUGUGUAUGUGCUAUUGCUGCAGUGGAUUUAACCGGGCUUCAUUUAGUCUUUAAUCCCUCAUAGCACUCAGACCGAGUAAAAUGUCUCGGAGUAGAAGCAGAUCAGCUCUCCUGGAUUAACAAAAGCCCCUGCCUACUAUGCACCACCCCUCCUUUGGUAAAGAAAAAAUCUCAUCACUGUAUUCUCAUCAGUUCAUGGUUGUUGUUUUGCAUUUUCACAAUGGAGUAGCAAGGUUGCCUUCGCCUACAGCCGGUGUGUGUGAGAGAGCAUUUGGUAUCUUCUUUCCCUUUUGUAUUGCCAACAGCAGUACGAACUGGAUUAAUUAUUCAGCUGUCACCUACCAAGAGGAGCUAUCUAAAAGCAAAACUCUAAAAGAGAGGAAAGACAGAAAUUACAGCUGGAACUCGUAUGAAAAAGGAUAUUCCUGCAGCAUCUUUUUUUUUUCUUUUUUAAAUCCUCCACUCUUUAAAUUACAUAACAGAAAAACUGAAGCGAGCACAAGAGAACAUCCUCUCUGCACAUUUUUUCCUUCGAGGGGACUGUCUAGGUGCUAAUGUUGGUCUCUAGCAAGCAGUUGCCGAUUGGCCGUUCCCAAAGCUGGGACGUGCUGGGUGGGAAUGGAAGUACUUGGGAAUGCAGUGAGAAUAUGUAUGAGCAGCAGACAAGGACAACUGAGCAACGGAACUCCUUUGGAGGGGAUACGGGGGGUUGGAAUGAACCCCUCACUGGUGUGCGUCCAUCUGACAUGGAUAUAAAACGGGAGCCCUACCAUUACCAGGUAUCACUUUAUAAUCAAAAUUAUGAUCGACCUGAUUGCCGCAGCAUGAGGAAGAGUUCUGUUCCAGAGCUGAACAGUCAUUAUGACCGUUCACCCAUGGUCCAUCGUGGUUCUCUAACUCCACUGGAUCCUUGCCAGCAAAAUCCUGUAAUGUUUUCCAGGCAACCUGAUGACUUCUAUCGUGGAGAACAAAUGCUCCAUAACCGGUCAGCUUCUCAUUAUGUUAUGAUGGGAGGGACUCAACCACUUUGGAACCAGAACCAGUCUGGGAGGUCUAGUGCGCCUACCCCCAAUCCAGCACCACCUCCUCCACCCCAUACCGCUCACGAAAUGACCCGUAUUUACCGGGAGCCAUGCCUUCCUAGCCCUCUACCUGCCACACCUGUAGCCAAAAUUAUCUCAGGAGGCCAGCACAUACCAAGCCGUGCACCAUCUCCUGCUUGCUAUGCCACUGAGGCAACUACUCCUUGCUAUGGGGCUGAGGCACCCUCCUCUCUUCCUGGAUGCUCAUUGUAUAGUGAUCUUAAUGGGAGACCAGUGGAUCCAAGUCAGCCUGCAGCCACCUGCCUGGUUAUCGAUCCAUCUUCUCAAGGUAUGGUUAUGCGGCAGAAAAGCCCUUCACCAUAUGUUAUACGACAGCAGCAACAGGCCCAACAGCAAAAACAGGAUCCAGGUCAGCAGCAAAUUCAACAAGUUCAGUCAUUUCACCAGUCACAGCAGGUUCAGCCAGUACUGCAAGGGCAGCCAGUUCAACAACCACAGCAAAUGCAACCAAUCCAGCAAGUGCAGCAAAUGCCACUUGUGCAACAAACCCAGCCUGCACAAUCUGUUCAGCAGGGACAACCUGUGGCACCACCAAAUCCUGUGUAUGACCCUAACCAUCCCUUGCCAGUUCCUGCCCCAGAGACUACUUCAGUCACUGCUGCUAUCUCUGCUCAGGGUCCUCCUCAGCUCCCUACUCUACCUGUUCCUCCUCCUACAACACCUCAAAAUUCACUGGCUCCUGUGGACCCCAAGAAGGUUGCUGACCCAGAAUUUCUGGCAUUUUUGCGCAACGAAGGUUUGUCUGAGAGCACUAUAACCUCUCUGCUACAGCAGGGCUUUGAUUCCACUGCAAUGUUAGCUGUUAUGGAACAGAAUGAUGUUCACUCUGUUGCACCCAACUUAGGGCAGGCACGUGUUCUCUCUCGUGUGGCAGUCAGUUGCAGACGUCCUAUGGACAUGCCUCAGCACCAGACUGCUCCAGUCCGAGGACGAUCCAACAGUUUCAGCCAUUGCAGUGACAUAUACAUACACCAGCAACCAAAAACGACUCCAAGCAUGGACUCUCAGUAUAUGCAGCCACCACUGACCCAAGUCCAGACCAUCUUCCCCAGGAUGGCUGAAGUCAUGGGCCGCAGACCUAGUAGUGCUCCCUCCCAGCAGCUUCUAGAGGCUAGUGGAUACCCUGUAAUAAGAACACCAGGGUCUUUCAGUAGUGCAGUGCUGCCUGUUCAACCUCGUUCACUUUCUGCUUACACAUCACACAUACCAGGAGCGCAACCACAAAUCCUUGGUUUGCAACAGCAAAUGCCAACUCAUAUCCAUGGCAUGCCACAGCAAACACCACAGUCAACAACCAUGACCAGUCUGCCACCACAGCACGCCCCCAAAGCAUAUUCCACCAGCUACACUGUGCCCAUGGAACUGAUGAAAAGGGAUAGAAGCCUGGCCACAAUGUCUACCCUGUCUAAUCCACAACCAAGCCCCCAUAUAAUGCGAAAGACUGGGGCAACACCUCAUGAGAGUGCCCUGGUGCCUGUAGGUGCUGCUAUACAGACUCCUUGGCUUGCCAAUCAGAAGCUCUCACGACGCACUGGACCCCCGGUUAUUGUAUCCACCAUGGCAUCGCCUGACACAAGUAUAAGGCCGCAAAUCAUGAAUGGACCGAUGCAUCCUCGGCCGCUGGUCGCUCUGCUGGAUGGACGGGAUUGUACAGUGGAGAUGCCCAUCCUCAAAGAUCUGGCAACCGUGGCCUUCUGUGAUGCCCAGUCCACACAGGAGAUCCAUGAGAAGGUACUAAAUGAGGCAGUGGGAGCAAUGAUGUACCACACCAUCACACUCACCAGAGAGGACCUGGAGAAGUUUAAAGCCUUACGCAUCAUCAUCCGCGUUGGCAGCGGCUAUGAUAACGUUGACAUAAAAGCUGCUGGAGAAAUGGGCAUUGCAGUGUGUAAUAUCCCAUCUGCAGCUGUAGAGGAGACCGCAGACUCUACCCUCUGUCACAUCCUGAACCUGUACCGGAGGAACACCUGGCUGUACCAGGCUCUCCGGGAGGGCUCGCGCUUCCAAAGCAUAGAGCAGAUCAGGGAGCUGGCGUCAGGAGCAGCUCGCAUACGGGGAGAGACCCUCGGACUCAUAGGUUUUGGCCGAACAGGUCAGGCGGUAGCAGUUCGGGCAAAAGCAUUUGGCUUCAACGUGAUAUUUUACGACCCGUAUCUGCAGGACGGUUUAGAACGCUCAUUGGGUGUUCAGAGAGUGUACACCCUUCAGGACCUGCUGUACCAAAGUGACUGUGUCUCUCUGCAUUGCAAUCUGAAUGAACAUAACCACCACUUGAUCAAUGACUUUACCAUCAAACAGAUGCGUCAGGGUGCAUUCCUGGUGAACUGUGCUCGUGGGGGUCUGGUGGAUGAGAAAGCUCUGGCUCAGGCCCUGAAGGAAGGAAGAAUCAGGGGAGCUGCUCUGGAUGUGCAUGAGUCUGAACCAUUCAGUUUUACCCAAGGUCCACUGAAAGAUGCUCCCAAUCUGAUCUGCACACCUCACACAGCCUGGUACAGUGAGCAGGCCUCGCUGGAGAUGCGAGAAGCAGCUGCCACUGAGAUAAGAAGAGCUAUCACAGGUCGUAUUCCAGACAGCCUUAGAAACUGUGUCAACAAAGAGUACUUUAUUGCCACUGCGCCAUGGGGAGCAGUGGAGCAGCAGGUGCAUCCAGAGCUCAACGGUGGUGCAUAUAGCAGAGUGGCCCAACCAUUACCAGCCAUAUCUCCUGGUGGCCUGCAAGACAAAAUGUAUACCUAAACGCAAACAGACAUGCCCAGGGUCCAGUGGGGAUGACUUGUGGAGAACCAGAGGAGGGCACAAAGCCAGGUGGGGGUUCCAGUGCCCAUGCCCUCUCCCUGCCACCAGGCCCCCAGCCCAACUGUACCCCCUGCCUGAACCAAUCCCACACACAUGAGCACAGAGAACACACAUCUGAGGUGUAACCAAACGCAGGGAGGCGUGCUACUGAACAACUCACAGCACAGUUCAUAUAGCGAGUUAACUUCAAACCAGGGACAAGAAGAAGGAAAUUAACUAGGAGCUACAGCGAACUGCAGUGGGAACAGCUCAAAUAUGCAGUGUGGAGGUGUCCUUUUGCUCUUGUCUUGUCAUGGGAUUUUAGUUUUUCUUGGAUUUAGUUAUUUUUGUUCCAGAUGUUUUCCCUCCACAUGUAUGCUUUAACUUACUUGUCUUCUUGGGACCAUGUGUAUGGCCAGGUGGGCAGGAUUUCUAGUCCACUCACUGAGUUCUCAAAGGAAGUUCGGCAUCACUCACCCCUUCUGCAAAACACGUAGAUGCAUUUAGUCUGUUAACCUGUGUUUCUUUCUAUUUCCUUAUAAGUGAUUAAUUAUAUUGGUAGAUAGUGUAUUUGUCAAAAGGUGAAGACAAAAGGUUUAACUAUUCAUAACCUCAGUGUGACCCUUUUUCUUAACUUGGCCUUGUAACCUUAUUAAAUAGACACAACACAUGAGUCUAACAACCACCAGCCCUAAUGUUCAGGCAUUUUUGUAUUCAUUUACCCAGAAGUGUUUAAGCAACUUGGGCAUGUCAGAUUUAUUGGGUUCAGUGAGAGAAUUAAAAAUUUUUGUCUGAUACUAAGACUAUGAAUGGCAGCUCACAGUGAAACGGUCAGGAGCCGUGUGCCAACCUGCUCAGGAAACACUUUUCUUUUUUCAUGUCUGAGUUCCAUAAAACAAGAUCACAUGUCUGGUUAUUCUACCAUCUACUUUUCCUCACACUGCUCUCUUGCUGAUAUUUUUAUAGAUGUAAAAUAGAAAAUAUUUUGAUGUUGCUGUUAGAUUUGUAUUGCCAUAGUAUGCAAAAUGUUUUUUGUUUUUGUUUGCCUUGUGAAUGUUAUGAUACCACCUGUAGUCCAUUUUGUUGUUACUGAAAUGUGUGUUCUUCAGCCCACUUUGCCAGUAUAUGUAUAUUAGGACAGUGGGCUAUGUUUUUAUUGUGUUUGUUUCUUGUACCAAGCAUCAAUGACAGUACAAAUUUAAAAAAAAAAAUUAAAAAAUAAUAAAAAUCAUCAAAAUACCA